GAAGUUCAGUGCAAACAUAAUUUCUUUCGAAGAUGGGAUAUAACGGGAAAAUCUCAUUGUUACUUUCGGUAUCUCUUCAUGUCAUAUUUUAUAUAAUUCUCUCCUCGCACCAAGUAGCAGCUAUAAUACCUGGUAGCCAAAAUGCCAGUAUAACCAUUGACCAAGUACCCUAUACGGUACAACUGAGAGAACGCAACGAUAAACAUGCCUGUGGAGGUACCCUAAUAGCACCGCAGUUUGUUGUAACCGCUGCCCAUUGUUUUGAGAAAUAUGGUAUUGGACAUUUUAAGAUCGUUGCUGGUACGACGUCGGCAAAGGAGCAAAAUGUCGUCGUGAACAUCAAACGCCUUUUCAUACACCCCCUCUAUGAAUCGGGCUUUGCCAAUUAUGAUGUGGCCGUAUUAAAAUUAAAUCGUCCGAUUUUUGGUGAACAUGUUGAUGCCAUCGAGCUAUGUGAUGAAGAUACCGUGCUGGAAGAAGGUGAAAUGCUGCGCAUAUCCGGUUGGGGUAAACAAGCCGAUGAUGAGUUGGCCAAACCUGCGGAAACGUUACAAAGUGUCCUUAUACCCAUCAUGUCGGAUGUCAAAUGUGCUGCUAUUUACGAUGAAGAGGAAUCCGAUGUAGAGAAGGUAUCCGAUGAAAUGGUAUGUGCCCACGGUGCAGAGGGUGAGGAUGCUUGUCAAGGGGAUUCAGGCGGUCCUGCUGUCUACAAUGGUCAAUUGUGUGCUGUCAUAUCGUGGGGCCGCGAUUGUGGCAGUGAUGAAUAUCCUGGCGUUUAUGUUCGCAUUGAUUCUGUGCGCGAUUUCAUUGAACACUGUUUGAAACAAUAAAAAAUUUCGAUGUGAA